CUGGGUUAAAGAGCCCGCGCUCGCACUUUUCCAUCGAGGGGCGGCUGUGGGGGAGGUGACCGGGGAACGUCGUUGGGACGGCGGCAACGGUUCCUGGCGGCAUUAAGGAAGGAGCGUAGCCAGGCUUCGGGUGCGGAGUGAGGCGGGAGAGUCUUUAAAGCAGCGUCGCGAAACUCCUCACCCGCCCGCGUCGCUUUGUGUGGACCCGGCAGGCGGAGCCGUUGGGUGCUGGGGCCGAGCGGGCGGGCGUAGGGAGUCCUGCUCCGGCCGGUAACUUCCCGCAGCCCACUCGGAGUUUAUCUUCGUACGGCGGGGCCGCUGCUGUCGCCGCUGCCUCCUGCGCGAUGGGGAACGGCGCCGGCCGCCGGAGAAACGCGGCGGCGGGAGCCGGCGCCACCUGCCCCUCACGCCGCUGCUGAGCCGACAGCUCGCUCCGAGCACCGCGGAGGAGCCGCCCGCCUGGCAUCGCCCGCCGCCAGCGAUUUCCCAGGAGUUGCGGAGCUGGAGGAGCAGGGCAAUAGAAUGAGCGCUCCUGUGGACCCCAAGAUUAAACAGGCUUUGCGAAAGAAACCAGCAGAAAGAACUCCGGAGGACUUAAGUACUAUCUACACUUUCCUUCAUGGGCUGGACAUACUCUCACACUUCAGGGAACAUCAGCUAAGAAUAAUGUCAUCAAGUGCCCGCUAUGAGAGGUACAAGGGCAACCAAGUUCUCUUUUGCUCUGAAACUAUUGCAAGAUGCUGGUAUAUAUUGCUUUCUGGAUCCGUGCUCAUGAAGGAUUCCAUGUUUUUACCUCCUUGCAGUUUUGGCAAGCAGUCUGGAGGAAAGCGAGGAUGUGAAUGUAUCAUAUUGGAGCCUUCAGAAAUGAUUGUGGUGGAGAACUCUAAGGACAAUGAGGAAAACAUCUUGCAAAGAGAAGUCCCUCUCAGGCAGUCCCGGCGGAGGUUCAGGAAGAUCAACCAGAGGGGCGAGCGUCAGACCAUCACUGACAAUGUGGAUUCCAGCAGCUACAUCUCGCUUCCAGCUGAUCUUACCAAGAUGCAUCUUACGGACAAUCCCCACCCUCAGGUGACUCACGUCCCCUCCAGCCAGUCGGGAUGUAGCAUUGCCAGUGACUCUGGGAGCAGCAGCCUCUCUGAUAUUUACCAGGCUACAGAGAGUGAGAUGGGAGACGUCGACUUAACAGGUCUCCCGGAAGCACCUGUAGACUCUGAAGAUGAAGAAGAAGAGGAGGAUGAAGAUAUUGACAGAACUUCAGAUCCACUUCUAGGGCGAGACGUUGUACGAGAGUGCCUUGAAAAAGAGCCUGCAGAUAAAACUGAUGAUGAUAUUGAGCAAUUACUGGAGUUCAUGCAUCAGCUGCCUGCCUUUGCAAACAUGACGAUGUCUGUGAGGAGAGAACUGUGCUCGGUGAUGAUAUUCGAAGUAGUAGAGCAAGCAGGAGCCAUCAUACUUGAAGACGGCCAAGAACUUGAUUCGUGGUAUGUUAUUUUAAAUGGCACAGUGGAGAUCAGCUAUCCUGAUGGGAAGAGUGAGAGCCUCUGUAUGGGAAAUAGUUUUGGGAUUACUCCCUCUCUGGACAAGCAGUACAUGAAUGGAGUGGUCAGGACAAAAGUAGAUGACUGUCAGUUUGUGUGUAUAGCCCAGCAAGACUACUGGAGGAUUCUGAACCAUGUGGAAAAAAACACUCACAAAGUGGAGGAGGAAGGAGAAAUUGUUAUGGUAAAGGAGCACAGAGAGCUGGAUCGCAGCGGGACCAGGAAAGGACACAUAGUUAUCAAGGCAACACCCGAGCGACUCAUCAUGCACUUAAUAGAAGAGCAUUCUAUUGUGGACCCAACCUACAUCGAGGAUUUCCUCCUAACGUACAGAACAUUUCUCACCAGCCCUCUGGAAGUUGGAAAUAAACUCUUGGAAUGGUUCACAGUGGACAGCCUCAGGGAUAAGGUUACCAGAGUGGUCUUGCUGUGGGUGAACAAUCAUUUCAAUGACUUUGAAGGAGAUCCUGCUAUGACUCGGUUUCUGGAAGAGUUUGAGAAGAACUUGGAGGACACGAAAAUGAAAGGGCAUCUCAGGCUGUUGAAUAUUGCCUGUGCUGCCAAAGCAAAAUGGAGACAGAUCACCCUGCAGAAGCCUUCUAGAGAUUCACCACUGUUUUUCAGCCUCCUGGGAGGAAGUGACAAAGGCUUUGGUAUUUUUGUGGAGACUGUGGAAGUGGGCAGUAAAGCAGCAGAAGCUGGACUCAAGCGUGGUGAUCAGAUAAUGGAAGUCAAUGGGCAGAAUUUUGAGAACAUUACCUUUGCCAAAGCUCUGGAAAUCCUAAGGAACAACACUCAUCUCUCCAUUACUGUAAAAACAAACAUUUUUGUGUUUAAGGAGCUGCUCUGCAGGAUAGGCCAGGAGAAAAAUGGAAUUCCACACAUCCCAAAGAUUGCAGAAAAGAAAACCAACCGCUAUUCCAUCCCAGAUAUGCCUGGAGAUGUGGAACAGAUGUUUCCCCGUGAAAAAGGAAACAAGAAACUGAAAGCAAACACUGUGUCUGGUGGGAGAAACAGAAUCAGGAAAAUCUUAGACAAGACCCGCUUCAGCAUCUUGCCUCCAAAGCUGUUCAGUGACGGCAGCGUCAGCCAGUCGCAGGACGACAGCAUCGUGGGGACGCGGCAGUGCCGCCACAGCCUGGCCAUCAUGCCUAUCCCGGGCACGCUCUCGUCCAGCAGCCCAGACCUGCUGCAGCCCACGACCAGCAUUCUGGAUUUCUCUAAUCCUUCAGCUGUUGGGUUUUACUAUAUUCCAGAUCAAGUCAUACGAGUUUUCAAAGCAGAUCAACAGAGCUGUUACAUCAUCAUCAGCAAAGACACUACAGCAAAAGAAGUGGUGAGCCAUGCUGUCCACGAGUUCAACCUGACAGGAGCCCCGGACACCUACUCCCUGUGUGAGGUGUCUGUCAGCCCCGAGGGAGUCAUCAAACAGAGGAGGCUCCCAGAUCAGUUCUCCAAACUGGCUGACAGGAUCCAACUCAAUGGAAGGUACUAUCUGAAAAACAAUAUGGAGACAGAGACCUUAUGCUCAGAUGAGGAUGCUCAAGAACUCCUGAGAGAGAGCCAAAUUUCCCUCCUCCAGCUGAGCACCAUCGAGGUGGCCACUCAGCUUUCCAUGAGGGACUUUGAGUUGUUUCGCAACAUCGAGCCGACCGAGUACAUCGAUGACCUUUAUAAGCUGGACUCCAAAACGGGGAACGCUCACCUGAAACAGUUUGAGGAUGUCAUAAAUCAAGAGACGUUCUGGGUUGCCAUGGAAAUUUUAGCAGAGCCCAACCAGCUGAAGAGGAUGAAGAUCAUUAAGCAUUUCAUUAAAAUUGCCCUGCACUGCCGAGAAUGCAAGAACUUCAACUCCAUGUUCGCCGUCAUAAGUGGGUUAAACCUAGCUCCAGUAGCACGUCUCAGAGGCACGUGGGAAAAGCUCCCGAGCAAGUAUGAGAAGCAUCUCCGAGACCUUCAAGAUCUUUUUGACCCAUCUCGAAACAUGGCAAAAUACCGCAACAUCCUCAGCAGCCAGAGCAUGCAGCCACCAAUUAUUCCACUCUUCCCUGUUGUCAAGAAGGACAUCACAUUUCUGCAUGAAGGAAAUGACUCUAAAGUGGAUGGCCUGGUGAAUUUUGAGAAACUCAGAAUGAUUGCCAAAGAAAUUCGCCAAGUUGUCAGGAUGACCUCAGCAAACAUGGACCCAGCUGUGAUGUUCAGGCAAAGGAAGAAGAGGUGGAGAAGUUUGGGAUCCCUGAGCCAGGGCAGCACAAACUCCAACAUGCUGGAUGUACAGGGAGGUGCUCACAAGAAACGUGCCCGACGCAGCUCGCUCCUGAACGCCAAGAAGCUCUAUGAGGACGCACAGAUGGCCAGGAAGGUGAAGCAGUAUUUAUCCAACCUCAACGUAGAGACAGAUGAAGAGAAGAUCCAGAUAUUGUCACUUCAGUGUGAGCCUGCCUAUAGCACUUUGACAAAGAAUUUAAGUGAGCGAAGAGGAGGAAAAUCCUCUGAAAUGUCUCCAGUACCCAUGAGGUCAAUUGGCCAAAGCACCAAAUCCCAUCAACAUCAACAGAACAGGAUGAGUCAAGUUCUUCAGGUUCCAACUGUGAAUUUAUACCCCAGCAGGAAAAAGGGACUGACAAAGGAUCAUGUCACAUUCAGCACGGGCUCCCCCCAGAAGUCGUUAAGCUUGUCUGAGGAAGUAAGUAGUAAGAAACAAACAGAUGACACUAUGUCCAUGGCAUCUUCUUUGCACUCCAGCCCACCUGCUUCUCCUCAGGGCUCUCCACGCAAAGUUGGCAACAUCCAAAGGUCGGAUAACUGCAGUCAGAUGAAUCUCUCUGGCUCGUCCUCGUCGCUCGCCAGUGAAACCAGCAACAAGAACAGUGGACAGCGCAGCUAUGGAAUAGGCUAUGCCCUCAUACCUUCCACUAAAUCUGAUAACUUCUCAGACUCCAGUCACAGUGAGAUUUCAUCCCGGUCCAGCAUCGUGAGCAACUGUUCAGUGGACUCGAUGUCAGCGGCGCUGCAGGACGAGAGGAGUUUGUCACAGUCUCUCAUUGUGGUGGAUUCAGCAGGGGCAGAGAGAAAAGAACAUCCUCAACCUCUAUCUGAUUAUGGCCAGCCAUGCCCAGGCUGGUCAGUCACCAGGCCUGCUCUCAUCAGGGGCAUGGCCUUCACGUCCUCCAUGAGCAGCGAGGAGAUCUCCCACGAGCACAUCACGGUAGAGGCGGCAGACAGCGGCCGGGGAAGCUGGACUUCAUGCUCAAGUAGCUCUCAUGACAACUUCCAGAAUAUCCCAAACCAGAAGAGCUGGGAUCUGCUCAAUUCCUACCGCCACACCCAGCUGGACGGACCUAUAGCUGAAGUUGACCCCACAAACUGUUACUCCGAGGAGGCUUAUCUGUACUCGGAAGCCUUUUCCAAAGCCAACAGGCAGUCGAAGGGCAGCGCGGAGCUCGACCAGUCCCGGCAGAGCUGGGCCUCCUCCAGCUCACUCUCAGACACCUACGAAACGAACUAUGGGACAAUAAAGCGCAGGGGGCUGGAGAACUCCCCAGCAGAGCAGGCAGAGGCUUUGGACUCUAAAGCCGGCGCUGAUACCGCUUACAAGACUGUCACUUCCAGCACGGAGAAAGGCCUGAUAGUCUACUGUGUCACCUCACCUAAGAAGGACGAUAGGUAUAGGGAACCACCGCCCACCCCUCCGGGAUAUAUGGGGAUUUCUUUAGCGGACAUAAAGGAAGGAUCGCCCCACCACCCACACCUAAAACCUCCAGACUAUAGUGUGGCAGUGCAGAGGUCAAAGAUGCUGCACAGUGACCUCUCUAGACUUUCAUCAGCAUCUCUCAGUAGUGAACCUGUGGCCUGUAUCUCAUCGAGGAUGCCUCAGUGGCAUAGCCGGCAGCCGUCCAGCCCCAAGCUAGCAGAUAUGACUGACGCAGAUAGUGAAGAGGAUGAAGAUGAACAAGUAUCAGCAGUUUAACCAUUGGGUUGUGGUAUCAACCACUUCACACAGGGGAUGUGGGGAGAUGGACCACAAGGAUUCUGUUAGCGAAGGCUAACAACUUGCUGCUGCUAACCUCAGACGUUGUGUUUGCCUCUGUCACGAGACAGAACGGGUUGGGUCACCUCUCUCUACCUUCCUUCACUCUGCCACUGCCUGUGAAAUAGAAAGCCCCAGCUAGCCACCACGCUGGUGUCUGGAGGUGGACCAGGCUUCAUUCAUUUAGGAGGACCACUUGUCACCACCGCUUGAAACUUGGACGCAUUCUUCUGUACGAUACCAUAGAAUCCUUUAGUAGUUUCCCAUUGUCGUUAUUUUCUACGUGGCCAUUCUGAAAGUGUUAUGGACUUCAAAAGAAAGAAACAAGCAAAAAUGUAUCAAAAAGUCAGCAAAAGCAAAGGACAUUGCUGAAGUUAUCUGAAAAGUAAUUUAUUAAUUUAAAUCUUUUUUAUUUCUCCUUUGGGAAUUUCCUUUAUUCGUGUCGGCAGUGCUCCGGUUGGCUAAGGGAAAUGCUUAGUGGGUGCGAUGGUAAAUGAGCUCCACGCAAACUGUGGUGCUCUCAAACACAGGCAACUAGAGAUGGGAGCUUACCAGGUGCAGAAAUAAGCUGGAUUUUAGGGUGGUUUUAGAUUAAAUAGAGCACAAAGCCCUACAGAGCAGCAUGGGUCAUGUCCACCGCUCCCCUCCUACACAGACAUAGCAAAACCCUCCACCCUGAAGGAUUUCUGGGUGUGUUUUGGUUACCAGCCAACUGAGGCAAUAGUUGGUGCUCUCCUGCCCUGGAAAGUUGUUGUUUGAAGUGUGGAAGCUGUGGUUUGCAGGGAACUGGGAUGGAGAAGGUUUGAAGUUUCCCCUAAAGAGCUUUCACUGCGAGCUUUCGCCCUGUGGAGCUCGGCAUGCAAAGCUGCUGUUGCUAGAAACCAAAACCUAAACCUGUGUGUUGUGGGCUUUAAGAUCAUCCCACACAGCCUGGCCUUUUGCCAGAGCUGCACAGGAUUUAGGUGCAAAGACUACCUGAAAAAAAAAAAUCCCCACACCUAAAUUAAUUCUAAAUCACCUCCAUUUUACAGUCAAAUUAGUGGAGCAGAGUGUGACAUGACCUGAUGCUUCUGUAGGGGAUAAGGCAUUUUACCCUGGGUUAGAAAAGAUCCUGGCGUUUUCAGCUGGCAAAUACAGAUUGGGUUUAAAUCCUAGGUGAGAAAUCCUGCUGGUGUUGAUGUCAGUGGCAGUUUUGACUUGCAGCCAGCCAGCAUUAACACCUGAGCCUCUGCUUUGACUAUGGUCAAAAAAAUUGCUUGUUGGAUUUUGCUUAGCCAGCCAGAGCACAGAGGGUAGAACUGGAAAUACCUGAGCUUUCUUUUCAACUUCACUGUUUUCCCUUGUUGUCUUUUUUCCUUCUCUUCCUCCCACUAUUGUUCUCCUUUCUUUUUCUCUUAUCUUUUUCUAUUUUCCCUUUUUAUUUUUGUAUUUCUUUUUAUCUUUUUUUUUCUUUUUUCCCUUUUCCUCUCUUUUCCUUUUCUUCCUUUUCCCCCUCUCCCCUUCCUUCUUUUUCUUGUUCCUUCCCUCUUCCCUUUUCUCCUUUCUUUCCUAGUUUCUUUCUUUUUCCCCCAUGCUCCUAUUUUUCUCUUUUCCCCAUUUUUCUUUUUCUCUUUUGCCCUGUUUUUGUUUUCCUCCUUCCUCCCUGCUUCCCCCUCCGUUUGUCUCUUCCCCCGUUUUUUUUUCUUUUUUCUCCUUUUUUUCUUCCUCUCUUUUCUUCCUUUUUUCCUUUCCCCUCUUCCUCCCUUUCUUCUCGUUCCCUCCCUCUUCCCUUUUUUCCUUUUUUCCCCUAGUUUUUCUCUUUUUUCCCUGCUCCUCUUUUUCUCUUUUUUCCCUGCUCUUUUUCUCUUUUUUUUCCCUGCUCCUCUUUUUCUCUUUUUUUUCCCCUGCUCCUCUUUUUCUCUUUUUUCCCUGCUCCUCUUUUUCUCUUUUUUUUCCCUGCUCCUCUUUUUCUCUUUUUUUUCCCCUGCUCCUCUUUUUCUCUUUUUUCCCUGCUCCUCUUUUUCUCUUUUUUCCCUGCUCCUCUUUUUCUCUUUUUUUUCCCUGCUCCUCUUUUUCUCUUUUUUCCCUGCUCCUCUUUUUCUCUUUUUCCCUUGUUUUUCUUUUUCUUUUUUCCCUCUGUUCUUCUUUUUCUCAGUUUUGUUUUUCUUUUCUUGCCUUCUUUCCUCCAUUCCACACAUGAUGCCCCCACCCCAGUGUUACAAUUGGACAUGAAUGUGUGAAUAUGUAUUUAAACAUUUACUUGUAAAUCUCUGUUGUGAUGUUUACAGCCUAAGCUAGAACGAAGGUGUUUGUCCUUUUUCCAGUGCCUCAGAGAUGAUUUCUAUAUCCAUAGUUGUGAAGAGCUUUAAGGAUUUAUUUUGUUUCCUGUAUGUGUGCAGAGGGUGCAAGGUGAAUGCAACAACAUCUUCUGAAAGUGACACAAGUACCAAAAAAACAACCCAAAGCCUUUUGAUGUGCUUUCCCCACAGCAGCUUGGGACUGAUGUGCAGAGCCUUAGCCUGCACUCCUGCUGGUGCCAGGUUCAGUAUUCCUGGGACUCACCCAUACGGAUUGGAGUAAGCGACGUAAAUGAGCAGCGAUGCUGAAGGGAGGGAUACCUCAAUUAGAAGGUAGGCUCUAGGAGGUAUUUUUUCUUGGCACAAGUAUCUGAGGAGAAAAAGGUUGAAAGGAGAUGUCAGGAAUCAGUUGAGGUAAAUCACAGUAAAUGCAGUUUUGCUUUUUUUGAGGCCUUAAUGAACAUAACGAACCUGCACAGGCCUUAAUGAGUAAAGGGUAACGUGUCAGAGCAAUGCAGGGCAGAGGGAUGGUUUUCAGCACAUGUAAUGUUGAUCAUAUAACUGUUCAAUUGAUGUUUUUGUGGGAUGUGAACCCGAGUCCUCCCAGUCCCACCCUCAGCUGUAGUUGCUUGUUAACGUCCCCGUGGAGCGUGCAGCGUGUUCUGUCCGAAACUCCUCUCGUGUUGUGCCAGGGCAAUGCAGUCACCUGGCUCCCGUCCCCUCCAGCUCUGCUUUUAUUUCAGCCUCUUGAACAAAAAGUACAAGGGAUGAGGGCUUGUUACUGAAGUGACUUCCUUUUCCCCAAAAACACUGAUUGUGCUGUCUGGAAGGACAGCCUAAAGCUCCUCCAAGGAGCAGGGCUGGGGUCCCCUCCAGCAGCCACAGGAGCAAUGAAUAAAUGGCCCAUGGAAGCAUGGUGUUUGUACAUCAGCAGUGUCAGGACACUGAGAAGGUUUGGAAGCGAGUGAAAGGCUUGCUAAUCCUAUUUCCCUACUAGCCAGCACAGCUGGUGUAAGUAAAUCAUGCCUCAGCCAUGGACACACGAGCUCCUCCUCUGCUUCUCCUGCCUCACACGCUGUGGUUUGCCUGCCCUGCCCUCGCUGGGCUCGCUCCUUCUUGCUUAGUUUUUAAAUCAACCGAUCACAUUGAUCGGGGCCGAUAGCCAAAUGUAGUGUGUCUGGUGAUGGAUUUGAAGAGACAUUGUCCCUUGUUUUCAGCAGUUCAGAUGGGAAGGUGCUCAGUGUACCUGCUCUGCUCCACUUUAUUGAUGAGAUGUCUUCUGGAUCGCAGAACCUGACUUGGUCCCUCCAGCAGGUUGCUCUGAUGUGGGCUCUGAUUUUGAUGUCACAUCAUUCCACUGCCACACCUCAGUGUGCUCCUUGCUUUUGUGUUGGUUUGCUCCUGACCUGCAGGGGUAAAAGCUGGAUUUCAGCUAUUUAACCACCCACUGUUUCCUUAUCCUUCAUCAGUCUCAAAACUUCCAAGCAAUCGGUUCCAAAACAACCAAUUCCCCAAAAAUCAGUGAAGUUUUGUAAACUCCACUUGGCCUCUCCAGUGGCAGAAAGGGGAAAAUGAGAUCAUUGAGCCUCUGAGUAGUGGUUUCAUCUCCCCUGUACCCGAGGAAAUGGAAAGGCACCACCUGCAGGUGUCUGCAGUGCAUGUGUCUGCAGGGACCACCUGUAGGAGCGAGUGGAUGUUUGCAACCUGCAGUUUCCUAAGCUCGUUGGCUUUGCUUUUACUCCCGCCAGGAAUUUCACAGAGGUGAGUGACACUUCCCUGGGAGAUGGUCAGAGCCCACAGCUCAGGAUGGGGGUGCCCCAAGGGCUCCCUGCACCCAUCAGAGGUGGAGAGAGUCCCCAGUUCCCAGGGGCUGGUGGCAUCAGUGCUGCCGCAAACCCUCUUCCAGCUUCUCCCGAGUCAUUUCAUCGCAGGUAGUGGUGGAAGCAGGAACCUGCCAGUUCAAGCAUUACUACAACAUUAGAAUCUGAGUAUGGUUUUUAAAAUGGCUAAACUUAGCAGUGGCCUACUUGGAUCAACUUGGCAGUGGCCUCCCAGACAGCAGAAGAAAGGGAUACUCUCUCUUUAGAGAAGCUUUACACAUUAUAUUUGAGAGCGCUUGUACAGAGGGUAAUCUCCCUUGACUUCCCAACCCAGCUUUGGCUUCUGUUGUGCUUUUUAUCGUUCUAUCUUUAUUUUUGAUAUACCUGGAAUGCAGUUUAGCUUGGUAUUCAUGAGAUUCUAAAUAUGUGAGCAUAUUGGCAAAACUGCACAGAUGUACUGAUACUCCAAUAGCAAUUGUACUGCACAAGUCAGUGAUUGUAAAGUAUUCUGUAACAAGCAAUGUUUGUCUCCUAUUUUUUGAUACCUCUUACACUUAUGUCUUUUAGAAAGACAGUGCCUCUGUAUGCUUUUUUGUAUUUUUACUGAGUGAUUGUAAAUAUUUGUUAUAUUUUUGGUUAAGAGAAUGUUUAAAAGUACUGUUUAUUAUCCAAUCUAUUAAUAUGUUGGAAUCAAUAAACAAUCGACAUAUA